AGCUAUGCGGUGGCAAGGAAUCAAAUUGCUAUAGACUGCGUGAAAAAUUCCCGGCGCUGUGAUACAAAAAGCUAACUAUGCACCACUAUGCAGCACUUUUUAUAUUCUGAUUAUUGAAUAAUUCUUACUGUGUCUGUGAUCUCAACAUUAUGAAAAUAGAUAGACAGAAAUUCGUGUAAAAAAGCCGAAAGACCGCGUGAAGCAUGAAGACCAAUGUCGCAUUAACACUCGUAAAGUUAGUGUGGCUUAUAGAGAGAUUGAAACACGUGGUAAGCCACUCUACUACGGUACAAAAAAUGCAACGAAGAAUCCUUAGUAAUGAUCGAAUCGACAUAUUCAAUCGCAUACCUGGACUUUCUUUUCUGGAUUGGUCAGUCACUUCCAGUCCGUUGGCAACAAACAGCAUGAAACGAAAGCAACGCAGAUACAGAACAACAUUUAAUUCAAUACAGCUGCAGGAAUUGGAACGAGCUUUCCAGAGAACUCAUUAUCCAGAUGUAUUUUUCAGAGAAGAGUUAGCAGUAAGAAUCGAUCUAACUGAAGCACGUGUACAAGUGUGGUUUCAAAACCGUAGAGCGAAAUGGAGGAAAAGUGAGAAGGGUUCAGUGGGAGACGACGGUGAAAAUGAAGUCGCCAUUGCCAAUAGUUCAAAUAACUCGGGACCGACGCGAGUUGCUGCGGAUGAAGUGCCUACAAGUGUCAGUUAUGAAACUAUUCCUCAAAAUAUGAAUUUAGCGAAUAUGCAACUGAAUCUGAACGAAAGCGUGUCCCAAGUACCAAGUUUCGAUCAAGAUGGAAAAUUAUCGCUAGGUCAGAUGUCGCCGGGAAGACUGUCUCCGAAUUUGUUCCUAAAUCUAAACUUCGACCAAAUCAACUCUAUCGAUGGCCGCGGAAGCAAUUUAACAUUCGAGUGGAAUAGUUAUCCACCAACAAGCACACCAGGAAAGCAUGCAACCCAUUUCUCUAAUUCCAUAACAGACAUGAACAACACAAUUUGUAAUUCGACCCUAAGUUCCUCCGUCGCGACAUCUAGUGGCCCGUCUUCAUCUUCAGGCAACGGGCUUCAGUUUAUGAACAUCCAUAAUUUGGUUAGCUCAUCCCCACCGCCUUCUUCAUCUGUUUAUGACGAUGAAAUGAAGUUCCUCAACGUUGAUCAAUUCAAUAUGGAUAACUUCAAAAGUGAAUCGUUGUUCAAUCUCGAUCAAACGCUUUUGUCACCUAGUGAUCAUCAUGCCGCUCUCCACGCAACUCUUCACAGUUCAUCGUUUCAAACAAGCAUUAGUUGCCAUCACGACGAAAAAUCGCAUCUUAGUUUAGAUUUGAACAAUUUCAGUUUGAACGACAAUGGGCCAGAGAAAUCUAACAAAUCGCCAUCCGAGCUACUAGAUUUAGAAAAACCAAUUAAUAUUAACAUUAACGUGGAAGGGAUAGAUCAAUUAGAUGAUGAAAAAUUCUGAUGGAAUCACAUGUGUGAUCAUAAAUGCUGUUUGUGUCGAUAUUAGCUGACUCAUGAACAUUGAUCAAAGCAAUGAAUUGGCUUUAAAUUGGUUACUAGCGAUCCUUUUAUAAAGUGCCAUUUUUUCUUUAAAACUGUGUAUAAAUCUUAAAUCUAGUCAAAUUGAGCUAAUCCAAAGCGUUGAGAAAGAACAACAGUUACCAUGCAUAGACCAAGCCAAAACAUAAAAUUGUUGACCAAAAUGAGCAGUUGAAAAAUAAUCGAUAGCUUUUCCAGUGUUCAAAACAAACGUAUUGAUGUAUCAUAAUACUAGAGUAGUUUAUGCUUUGUUUUAGUUGAGAAUAAAGUUCGAGGAAACAGAACAAUAAGCAGCUUUUUGGAUUUUCACCAUUAGCCGUUGGCGUAUAGUGUGUCAGUGGUUGACUAGUGUUUGCAUGCUUCAGCUUAGAGUAAUGCGAACUUCAUGUGGAACAAGUGAACGAAAUGAAAAACCAUACAGGAAAUAAACAAAAUUCUACACCAUAAUACAAUACUCAAAGAACGAUGUGCGUGUAUAGGUGAACAAUAAUUAAUUAAUAAUUAAUUCACGACUGUUCGUUCUUUUGAAGUCAAAAUCUCCUAAAGCAUGCAUUAUUUUUAAUCGACAAGAUCAAACUCUCU